UACGCACGCUCCUCACUGCUUCUCCAGCGCACUCAGCUCAACAACUCCCUCGAUUCUCUCCCACCGCACCAAGAAAUCGCGGAAUCCGCGCCGCCGGGGAGCCCCGAGAUCCGCCCAGCCACCGCCUUCGCGGGAUCCCCCCCCCCCACCCCCCACUCUCAUGGCGCCGCCGCCGCCGCAGUCGGGGAAGAAGGAAGGGGACGUGGGCGGCGGCGGCGGCGGCAAGGCGGAGUGGCUGAUCUACGCGUUCGUGGCGCGCGGCACGGCGGUGCUGGCGGAGUACACCGAGUUCACCGGCAACUUCCCGGCGCUCGCGGCGCAGUGCCUGCAGCGGCUCCCCUCGUCGGGCGGCUCCGGCUCCGGCUCCGGCUCCGGCGGCGGGGGAGCGCCGGCGCGGUUCAGCUACGCGUGCGACGGCCACACCUUCAACUUCCUCCUCCACCGCGGCUACGGCUAUUGCGUAGUUGCAAAGGAAUCUGUCCCAAAGAAUGUCUCAGUGGCUUUUCUAGAAAGGUUGAAAGAUGACUUCACGAAGAGAUAUGGAGGUGGUAAAGCUGAUACAGCUCUUGCAAAAAGUCUCAAUAAAGACUACGGACCAGUUAUAAAGCAACACAUGCAGUAUGUCCUUGAUCAUUCAGAAGAAAUAGAGAAAACUUUGAAAGUGCAAGCCCAAGUUUCUGAAGUUAAAAAUAUCAUGUUAGAAAACAUAGAGAAGACUUUGGGCCGUGGAGAAAAAUUGAGUGAACUUCAAGACAAGACUUCCGAUCUACGAAGUCAGGCCCAGGAAUUCAAAAGGCAGGGAGUGAAAAUUCGUAGGAAGACAUGGUUGCAGAACAUGAAAAUCAAAUUGGUAGUUCUUGGAAUCCUUUUGCUUCUUGUAAUAAUCGUGUGGGUGUCGGUUUGUCAAGGGUUUGACUGCAUCAAGCAUUGAAAGGAUACUAGCAAUAUUCAACUGUCGGUAUAGCACUGCCAGAUAAUAGUUUGGAAGCGGAAAUUUGUGUCGGUGAAAUCAAGAUGCAUGGCUCUUUGGCUUGAUUCUGCUGCACAUUUGGCGCGAUACAGAUGUAAAGUUGAGUUGGUGUGGAGCGUUAUCCAAACUGUGUGACCAACAUUAUAUCAUAUAUGAAGUAGUGAUAGUAUGGUUGCUUGUUGAUUGAGUUAA